AUGGAAGACCCACCCACAGCCACACGCCCAUUCAAAUUCCCCUCCUGCCCACGUCUCCCCGCCGAGAUCCGCCCCCGGAUCUGGGAAACUAAUUUGGAUGCCUCGCCCAGCGAGCCUAUAUUAGCCACCGUGGCCUUGUCGGACGUGCCCCAGCCCCCCAUCCUCUGCACAUCUCCUCUGCUGGCCGUGAACCACGAAGCCCGGUGCGCAGCUCUAUCAUGGGCUCCCACACACCGCCAGCGCCAUAAGCACGAGCAACACCAGCAAUAUGAUUUGAGAGAGGGAUACGGGUACCAAUACGGACACGAACUCAAGAAAAAGUUGAGGAUAAAACAAUUCAAAAUGGAAGAGUUCCAACUUGAACGUCAUCCUGGCUCCUUCUUCCGCCCCGCCAGUGCAGAAGUCGACGUGCACUUUUGCCCUCCCUGCUCCCAAACCUGCUCCAGUGGCAUGUUCGUCGUCGGGAGCUUGAUGCACAGCACUUACGGGAAUGCAGAGAGAUACAACGGGCACAGCAUCGGUGGCUAG